UUUCAUUUGUAUCCCGCUCUUUUCUCGCUCUAAAAGCUUUAGCUACUAGCUAGACAUACAAAUUAAUAUCCUAUACAUCGUCUUCUCUUUCCUUUCUAAUCUUUCUUUCUCUCUGGUUUUCUUGAAAUGCCAGAACAAGCAACGAGUUCCAUUGUUGCAAGCUCGUUACCUUCGAGCAGUGACAGAUCUUCUAGCUCCGCCCUUCAAAUCAAAGAAGGGCUGGAGAGCGAUGAAGAGAUUAGAAGAGUGCCGGAGAUGGGAGGAGAAGUUGCCGGAACGUCUGGAUCCGGUGGUGGGGGUGAAGCCGGUCGAGAUAGAAGGCAGUCAACGUCUGAAGGAGGAGGGAGAAAGAGGGGAAGAAGUCCGGCUGAAAAAGAGAACAAAAGACUGAAGAGAUUGCUGAGAAAUAGAGUGUCUGCUCAACAAGCAAGGGAAAGGAAGAAGGCAUAUGUAACUGAGUUAGAGGGUAGGGUUAAAGAAUUGGAGAAAAAGAACUCAGAAGUGGAAGAGAGAUUGUCCACUUUACAGAAUGAGAACCAGAUGCUUAGACAAAUAUUGAAAAACACAACAACAGGGAAGUAAAUGCAGAUGAUGAUAAAUAACCAAUUCUAUCUCUAAGACCCGAUUAGUUGUGUUUAGAGUUUGAUUUAACUGUUUGUUGGUAGGAAUUAGGAUCAUCUGGAGCUCAUUUUACACAUUUUGUUGAGGAGGAGUAGAAUUGGAAAACUAUUUUGAAAUGGGCUGAAAUUUGUUUGUUUAAUUUGGGAUUUGAAAAAUAAAAUGGGUAUUUAGAUAGUUAUAAGUAAAAUAUCUUAGUAUUUUAAAUCCUUAUCAUAAAUAAGGGCACUUAUUUUUGGUAGAUUUUAAUCUACAAAACAAAGUCUUGGAGAGACUUUAUUAUUAUUUUAUAAUAUAGGAAUAUGAAUCUUUAUUAUUAUUAGUAUUGGAAUGUAUUAUACUAUUAUUAUGUAUAUGUUGGACAGUAUCUGCAUUUUAUAACAUGGAGGACAGACAAUUAUUAAAUUA